CUUCACUUGAGUGCACAGAGGGUUGCACAGAAAUACAGCGUAGCCGCAAGAAACUCUUGCGUUCCUCGCAUCGAGGGUGCAGAGACAUUGCACCGGACCUGCGAUCUUUGUCAGGCAUGAGAAUGUCGAAGCACCGUCUGUAAAUCCAAAUUCUUGACCGCGUCUGCUUCAUGGUGACUUCAAUACGGAUAUACAUCGGUCUGAUCCUCUUCGUUGAGGACCACAUCUCGUACGUGAAGUCACGCAUGUCCUGAAUUGACAUUCGAAUCUGGUUUUCGAUCGUUCGAAAUUUCGGUCUUUGAUUCGUUGUUGCUCCAAGAUGUCGACGUUCCCUAUUGGAAUCCUUCUUAGUUAACGACUCUUGUCCCAGUGUUCCACCUCCAACGUUCUUGACUCGUAAUGACCAGACUGAUGCAGUACGUUCAAUGACCUCAUCUUACUUUCAGUGAAGCUUAUUUCUUUAACAUUUUGUGCAAGAAAGAUGCCUAACGCACUGGAUCGCGAGGCCAGGUUGGCCAAGCUGAUGAACUCGGCUUGUUACGGAAACAAGGACACUGGAGACAAAGCACAGCAUGGCGAAAAAGUCGAGAAUUCUACUUCCGAUGCAGGCACCACUAAGCGAUCUGGCAGAGCCAUUCCGCAAAUUCUCACAGCGUCCGGUGCAACGGUGAACGCCAGCUCACACGGUGCCUCGUCCCGACUGCCACGUGGUGGCACGUAUACUCUAGGCGAUUCGAACCAGUUGGCAGUUCCGACUACUAGUCGUUCUACUGCACGCGCAGGAGCAUCUUCGAGUGGUAUUCCGACAAACAAGGGACGCGGAAAGAAUUCGGGCCGCAGUGGUGCAUGCGGGUUCACGCCAUCGCAGGGUCGUGCGGCGGUAUCGGUGGAGGAGAGUCGCCGCGCUGUUGCGAACAGAAGUGGUCGUGAAGUGAACGCAGGUGUACAGGCCGCCGUCAACGCAGAACUCCAGUCACUCUAUUCCGCACACCAGAGUGCUGAGGGAGAAACACAGCGCCCCGGGGCCACAUCGAGACAUGGAGGUCCUACUGCGAACUCCAGCAGAGGAGGUGGUGCAUCUACUUUAGCGGGAAGAGCGCCAGCCUCAGCAUCUUCGUCUGCGAACCAGAAUAGGAAUACCUCGAAGGCACCCGGAAGCAACAUACACACCUUAUCGUCAGGUGGCAGUAGCUCUAGCACUGGGGGCUCAAGUCGCUUGACGGAGACGACCGAAGCCUACAGGCAAAGCCGCGGUACAACCGCACGGCGACUCGAGGAUGUUGGUGCCGAUACAAUGACCGCAGACCAACGAGAGAGGGUAGCAAAGGCGCGCAAGGUCGCAGGAAAAGACCCAUCGGGCAGUUCCGGCACACGGUCGAUUGGUACUACUCUGAGUUUGAGUACCCACCAGAAAGAUCUUUGGGAGAAUCGGAAGACGAUACCCGCAGACAACUAAUCUGGCGAUGUAUGAUGUACAUAGAUUAACGGAGGUUCGUAAAACGAAAGAUUUUUGCCUGAAAUAUGCGAAACACUGAAUUUUUUCCACAUAAAAAAACUCAGAUACUGGCUCAUCUAGGAGCAACGUCCACGGGAUAGCACAGGCUCCCGCUGGAGGAAGAGGGCGUGGGAAACCGGUGACGACAGGUGGUAGGGCUCGUACGGGAGGACUGCGAAACUAGCGCUUAAAUUUUGAAGUUGGUCACGUAGCACUGGUAUGAGAGAUAGCAGAACUAUGCGGAUUGAGAUUUCGCUGUAGCGAUCGGAGCAGAGGUUCUGGGACUAAUCAAGUUUUUUUUUCUAUUUUUUUGCUGGUCGAGGAGAAUAGAACCAUCUCAGGACAGCCUACAAAGGUACAAGGAACUCGUUCAAUCAGGAACAUUUUGCGCGAGUAAAUGCGUUGUGAAUCCUAGAAAUUCUUUGAAUCUUUCUAAUGUACUGUGAACUGUUUUUUUUUCAGUUGACGUGUGGACGGUUCGGACAGUCAU